AAAGAAUGUCGCCGUUAACCCGCAAGAACUUAGCUGAAUGUAAGACAACAGCAUUGUAUCGUGCCUGGACGGGACAGCUCUUCAUUCGGGACCAGCGAGUGUGCGACCUGGCCCUCCGCUCGCCGUUUAGUGGCACCAUCCCAGCCCAGCUGCCAGCCAAGCUCGAAGCCAGGUACGUCGUGGCCGUGUCGGACUUGAGGAAGAAGCUGCCUGCAGUUGCCUUUGGGAAGAACAAUUAUGCAAACGACAAAGUACAUUCCCAAGGCAUUCUCUUCAGUUUAUACGAUGUGGAAACAGAUCAAAAUGAGCCCAAAGCGAAUCAGUUAAUAGAAAACUUGAAAGAAAAAGACCUGGCUCUGGUCAGAUACCUGAAUGAACGCGGGCUUUUCAUCUUGCUGGCUUCAUCCGUCUUGGCAAAAGAAAAAGAUUCUGUCCCUGAGGAACGUCCGCGUCUUCAGGCCUUGUUUGUGAUCUCGUCCCCAAGGCCAACGCGCCUAGCAGCAAAAGAUUUGAGAUGCGACCGCGGGGCGGACGAGAGAUCUUCGCGAGUCACUUCGCUUCUGCCGGCUCUUCGCUACGCAUUGGCGGAGGCGGCCAAAGAUCGCGAAAAGCGGGUGCCUCCCGGAGUGCUGGUUCAGCGGUACGUCCAAGAGGUGGCGACGCUCGAUAAGAAUUUGCUCCCUUCCUUUACCCACUCGGAGAAACUCUCGCUCUCCUUCGACGAGUUCUUAAAGAAGUCCGACCUCGAAGCCGUGUCUGAAAAGUGCUCCCCGAACUCGUUCUCGCGCUUGCAGCGCUACCUGUCGAACCCCCAGAACUACACGCUGGAAAUGUCGGCGGCGGCUCGUUGCAGCACCGAUUCUCGGCCUCCUGCCGGUAACAGAGCGUGCGAGUCGGGUGGCUCUUUGGGUUCGAAUUCGAGCCCUCUGCCCCGCGAGAGGUCCGUCCAGCUCGUCAAAACCACAAGGUCGGGACUGUCGGAAUUGACCGCUCUCGGGGUGGAGGGUGCCGGAAAGGCCAUCCGGGUGAGCGAGCGGAACUUGCAGCGCUGCAAAAGGAAAUCUAGCCGGCUCCUGGGGAUGAGCACCAGGAAGAAGUGGGCCCCUCUGAAAGUCCUCUGCAUCAUGGAGAACAGCAAGAAGCAGAAGAAAUCCAAGAAGAAGAAGCAGCUGGAUCUCUCGUCUGCGUCUUCCAAAAUGCAGAGGUCCUCGACGGAUUCCGGAGAACCCACCCUGAAAUUAAAAAACCUUCAGUAUCCCCUAAAAAGGAAGAGAGGCGCAGAGGUGUUGUCGGCGGAAUUUGUGCAGAGAACGAGGCACGAACCUGUGACGAGAGCCACAUCCUCUUCCGAAGCACCUGAUGCUGAACAGAAAAGGCCAAAGCUCUUGAUCAGCCAUAAGAGCAUGGAGGUGAAGAAGGCAGGGAAGAUUAACAAGAGUCUAACAGUAAAGGAGAAGUGCAUCCAUCGCGAUACGGACAUGGCCGAGUCGGAAAUCCACGGGGACGAGAAUGCUCCUUCCGGCGAAAGAUCAGCUUCUCGGGAUGCCUCUCCGCCCCUUAGGAGAGAUGAAUGCGAUUCCCACGCCUUGAACAUGUUGGCCGACCUUGCACUCAGCUCCUGCGACUCGCCACUGCUCGCCGACGCCGGCCGAUCCGGGGCGUCUCGUAGCCCGUCGCGGGAGCGGCGGCAACCACAGAGGGAGAAGCUUUCCCAGAAGGCUUCCGAUCACGAGUAUCACAGGAUCAACGUGAAACUGAAAGGCACUUCCCUUCCCGGCAGGAGUCCUCAGCGGUCCUGCGCAGUCCCCGUACAACCCAAUCGAAGCAUGGAUUCCCCUUCUGGCCCUCAAGAGAGGGGCUGCGUAGGCUCCGGCAAAAGGAAGAGCGUGAGACCCCAUCCGGCACUACGAACAGAGACUCGAACCUUUUUGAACCUGAGCGUGCCCUCUUUGAUCUCCACCGAGCACUCCUACGCCUCGCCCAUCUCGUCCGAGCCUUCACGAAAGCAGCUCCCUUGGCGAGGGACGCCGAGUCCCCCCAGCUCCAAGAAUGGGGUGAAAAGCAGCAAGUCGGGACCCCUCGUCGGGAAAGUCCUGCCUUUCCGGCACCAGCAGAACAUUUGCCACCCGCACAACCAGUUUCGGACCUUCUUACCGUUCUCGCGUUCUGCCAUCAUGACCGCACGGCCGAAGGAGGACUUCGGCAAGUCCCGCCGUGUGACCUUUUGCGACAAGUUAGUCCGAGUGACUUGCCAGUGGGAGGCCGAAUACCUCUUCAACGUCGAUAGCAAAUACACGAACAAUUCGUUAGAGAAAACGAUCGUUCGGGCUGUACACGGGCCGUGGGACCUGAACGUGUCGGAUGACAUGGAAGACAUGAAGCUGAUCCUUCACAUGUGGGUGGCCUUGUUCUACAGCAAGCCCUUCCGAUCCCCGACGGCCAGGAAGGUGGUCGAGCACAGCAACCCAGCCAAAUACGUGUCGCUGAACAGCGUCGUGGAUCCUUUGGAGCUCAUCGACGACGACGACGACAGCGAGGGGUUCUGCGACGCGGGGAAGCGUUCGGCGAACCCCGAGGCCUACCAGGCGCCCGAGAAUGUCGACAGAAGAGCCAAUUCCGCCGUGGAGAAGCCGCUGUCUUGUAACGAGCUGUCCUCGACAAACUGCGUAGAGAAUGAGUCUCCCCUCGUGGACCUUGCGGAAGCCAGCGACCUGCCUUUGAACGAUGGGCCAGUCGGCUCCUUGGCCGGUGACCUGGCAGGUGUGCCUCAGGCCUUUGAUAAGAUGCCCAAAAAGAAAGCUGAGGAGGAAAUCUUUCUGGAACCCGUUAUCUCUCUUCGCAGCCUGAGCGAUGGCUCUUCAAACGAGCAAGGUGGAGGUUUCUUGAGUCCUGGCGCGGAGGCGGAUGCGAAAGCAGUCGACUCGGCGGAAGUUUCCCAAAGCACCUCCGCUUCUACACUUCCCGAACCGCCAGAGACCACGAAAGACACACAACGGGUAACAAGCACUGGGAGCGCCAUUUCCACGGAGAAGCUGGAAGUAAACAGUGCCUCCUCCUCUUCUGAGAAGGAGGAUAGCUGCCAAAUCAGCAGUAUCGAGUCGCCACAUACUUCCGGAGCGACGUGGAUAGAGACAAACGCAGAGAAUGGGAAAGACAAACAUCUGUGUAAAGGAGAAGAUGUGCAGGUGUUUCCUGCAGAGGAUGAGGAGGACAUAGACGGUGAGAACGUGGAGCUGGAAUACAUCACCCUCGCUCUUUCGGAUAGCAACGAUGCCGACGCAGAGCCACGAGAUGUGGAUUCGGAUCAAGAUAACACGGAACUUGCCCACGAGACUUGUGUUGCCGAAGAGACCUACCUGUGUGAUGCGUCAUCCUCUGAUGACAGCUCGACAACUUUAGUGGCGUCGCCAACUGCAAAUUUUGCACAGCAAUCUACUCCCAAAAUAAUAACAGAAUCACCAGGGGCCCAACAAGACCCUGCAAGUGUAGCCAGCAAAGCUGCAUUUCUAACUCAGAUGGAUUCCGUUGAGGGUUUCUGUGUUUCUGAAGACAAUAGAAGAGAUGACCCGGCUGAUUUGUGUCCACCGCAAACUGUUCCUUUCCAUCCAGUCACUGUUGAUGGCGUGACUGAAUCUGCAAUGAUUGAAGGCGCUGUUGAAUCACCCAAACUUCCCAUAUCUCCAAACCAAACAGAUCCGGUUGAACACUCCGGCAUUGCUCAGGAAGACAAAGAAACCUGUCUAGCAGAUUCACUUUCUCUUCAAGCUGCUGAACUGAACCAAAUAAAGAAUGAUUUGUUAAUUCAAGGGGAUUCUGUAGGGAGCCAAGAUUCUCUUGCGUUAGGGAAAAGUCAGACGUUUUCAAACCCGUUUGAUCUAGAUGGUGUUUCCGAGGGAGGCAGAGAAACCAGCCAGGCCAAUUCAGCUUUGCAGGAAACUAAUCUUGUCCAUCAGUUGAGGCCUGGUGAGAUAUCAGAGUUGCUAGGGAACCAGGAAGACUCUGCAAUGUCAACCAAAUGUCCUGUAUCUCCAAAUCAGAUGAAUUUAAUUGAAGCUGAGUCCCAGGAGGAAGUCUCUCCGGCUGAGUUGGCUUGUGACUUGCAUGAAGUACAGAAUAGCAAGCCAACUGAAGAAGAAUCUGUACGGAACCAAAGUGAUUCUCUUGCAUCAGCCAAAAAUCUUCCAUCUUCUGAACUAUUGGGUCUCACUGGGAACUCUUGUGUUCCCCGGGAGGAAAAGGGAAUCCUCAAUUCGCUUGGUUCAGCUCCAUCACAGAAUCAUUCGGCCAAUCAAAGCAGUCCUGAUGAAGCCGCAACGUUGGCUGACAACCGAGAAGACACCGCUGCAUCAGCCCCAAGUCCUGUGUUUCCCGAGCCGAUAAGUUCAGAUGAGGGUUCCUGCACUGACCGGGAAGAGGAAGAUGUGAAUGUUUCUGAUACAGAUAUGUUGGAAGCUAGUCACCAAGUUGUUCAAGGGGAACAGAAGACCGGGCAGAUGUCAGAAUUACUGAAUGAUGCUGUAGAAGAUGAAAAAAUCCAGCACAUGGGGUUGGAUGGCACCGAGUUUGGAGAUAACUGGAAAGGCACAGAGCCUAAUGAUGAAAACAGGAAUAAUGGAAAUGCAUCUGCUGUGGAAGAAAAAGCCUGUGAUGAUAAGCUCAACCAACCUGCAGCUGCUGUGCCUGAAGAGAUCAAGUCCUUCCUUUAUGAACUGAUUGACACCGUGAGCAAUUUGAAAGCAGAGAGAGAAGGAGCCUGUUCUAACGAAGACUCGGGCUCAAACUGGAUCGGUUCCAUGGCCCUGGAGUACGUGACCCCUCCUGAGAGUGACAACGAGAGCUCUACAGCUGACCAUCUCACCACUUGUGACCCCGAACUGGUGGUAGAUGAACUUUUAGAGAAGCAGAACAUCUUCGUUAAUCAGGAGGCAGAGUCUCAAGAUCUAAGCUCCCAUGAAGCAGCUGGGGCUGAAAGAGAGCCGUCUGAAGAGAACGAAGCUGCUUUGAUUGCCACGGAUGUCCUUAUAAGUUGCACAAAUGGGACAAAAUUGGGCACCCCACGUCUCGACGGAAAAUUCCAGUCAGCUGAAACAGCGGUUUCUUCAAAGAACAGUGAUCCCGCUACUCCCAUGUUGUAUGGACAAGUUGGGUUGGGACCUGCGAGCCAUGAAGCAUCGAUUUUGGCGUGGGAGGGUGGGCUGCUCAGUGAAGGGAACGUAGAAAACUUGGUUCGUGUUCCAGAAGAAUGUCUGGUCGAGUAUCCACCAGAAGAAUCUGAUUCCCCUUUGCUUAGAGGCACCAGUGAAGGACAAAAACGGGGGGAUCCUAAAGAUGCCAUGGAUAUACAGUUGGCCAAUGAACGGGCAGAGUUGCCUACCAGAGUCUUAGGUCCUAAUACAAAUAGGAAAGUGGAAUCUCUUUCAGCAGAUGAUGAUCAAGACCGCAGAAAUCUAUCUGUGAGCACUUGUUUUACAAGAUCUGCUGACUCUAGAGGGGCUACUCAUGUCUGUGAUUUGAGUCCAGAAGAAGAGGUCAGUACGAGUGGCAAUUGGGUGUACUUUGGGAAAACGACAAGGAUUUGGGAGGUUGAAACUGAGGCUGAAUGCUUUGAUUGGCCUUCUACGUCCCGAAGGGAUGAUAGGCCUACCCUGCCCACUUUCAAACCCGGUGGCGAGCAGGGACCACUGAAAGAUUAUAUCAACUUUUCCAUCACCAAGAGGCACAAGGACAAAACCAGAACUUUCCACUCCUCCAAGAGGGGCGACAGCUUCGUGGAAGAGUCGGGAUUAAUAAACUCCUUGAGUAGGACUUGGCGAGUUUUGGACGACCCCAUCCAGAGCAUAUUAGAUAUGGAGUGUUUGCGUUUCCAUUAUAAGCUAAAGCAUAUCCUAAAAAAGAAGCAGCCACAACUUUCUACCUCCAGCAAUCUUUUUGCGAAAGAGUUUGCAACUCAGGUAAUAGCCAAAACAUUACCCGAAAGUCCUGUUUUGAAUCUGCCACCCUGGAACAGAAGCCCGCUUCUGAUCACUGUUCUGAAUUCGAGUGCAAGGCGGAGUUCUGAGCGCUGGUACCCGAGAACCAGCAUGCCAGACGACUCCGUUGACCCUCCUCCUCCUCCACGGGACUCCUUUAGUAAAGCUGCUAGCUUCCGAAGUAAGGGACAGGAACGGCUCGCCCCUUUCCACCUCAACAAGCUAACGUACAAUAAUAAGCUAAAAGAUCGCCAAGGUGACAUCUCGGUCAUUAUGGACGAGUUUGCCGAGCUGAGCAGGGUUAUGACAUUGGACGAUAAGCGGACGAGCAAAAAAGGGCAAGAUCCCAAAACUACCUCAGAAGAUGUUCCGGAUAAAAUAGGCCAGUCCUUGCCUGGAAGGGUGACUUCCUACGAGUACCUCUUCGAUGACUUGUGCAACUCACUACAUUUCAGACUUAAAAACGUUGCCAAAGAGGCAUGCAAAAAACCCUACUCGUUCUACCUGGUGGAAACGGACAACGAUCCCUUCUUUGGGAGAAUAAAGACCCUAUUGAAAAAAGGGGGCCACACGGAAGCAGACCCUCAGGUUUUCUGCACGGACAGCCACCCCGAGACGGACAGAUUGGUGGUGAUCAUUAGAAACGAGGACAUCUUUCUGCACAUUCACAAAGUUCCUUCCUUGUUGCGCCUGAAGCACUUCCACAAUGUGACGUUCGCUGGCGUGGACAGCCCCGAGGAUAUCCUGGAUCACACCUACCAAGAGCUCUUCCACAGUGGGGGCUUUGUGGUGUCUGACGACCAAGUGCUGGAGUCCAUGACCACAGGGGAGCUGAAGGACGUGGUCAAAAGCCUGGAGCUGCUCAACAGCCACCGGAAGUGGAGGUGGCUCCUUCACCACAAAGAGACGAAGAAACUGAGAGACAGCGCAAGGGCGGACCCUGCAGCACGCUCCAAGGACUCAAUCCUGCGGUCCUGCCAAGGAGCCAAUUUUGCUGAAUUUCUUCACUACCAUCGGUGCGACUCCAGAUCUGUCCCAAGAUCCGAGUAUCUGAACUGCUUAUUGAACCUGCAGGUGCAGCACAUCAGCGCUCGACUGGCUGUCUUUCUGACAGAAAACCCCAGCGCCAGCAGAGAAGCCUUCGAGAGCAAAGGGAUCUUGGUGCUGGAUGUAAAGACUUUCAUCACGAUGGCGCAAGACUCGGCCACGCCCUGCAGAAGCAACUAUUGGUAAGGAGCA